UAUAAAGUAUUCUAAAGCACCCAUAUUUUCGUUUCGCAUGUGUUCGCUUUAACGUUAUUUAUAACUCAUUACGCUAUGGCAAGCACGAAGUAGUGCAAAAGAUAUUCAUACCAUCCACCGACGAAUUUCUGUAUAUGUUACGUUUCUCCAUAAAUCACGUGACAAUUUAAUGGUGUCUAUGGAUUUUAUCAACUGUUCGAAAUAUCGAUCUAUAAAGAGUUGCUGCAGUGAAAAGUCAUCGAUGGACGAUGAAAAUAAGAACAAUGAAUUUCGUAAUAAAGACUGUAUAUUCCUUGAACGAAAAAAUAAAAUCGAAGAUGGAUAUUCUACUGUUAACGUGGAGCCAUUACGUUUCGUUAAAAACGUACACAUGAAAGACCAAAUAAACGGAGAUAUACAAAAGGAAAGUUUCUCUUCCUUUAAUACGCGGGAAGAAAAAGAUUUUCGAUGUCCUAGAUGUGGUCAAAGCAUGCAAGAACCUAGAUUACUUCCUUGCUUGCAUCCUAUAUGUUCAACAUGUAUUUCAGAAUUAAUGAGUAAACCAUUUGAUAAUUUUACAAAAAGUAUUAAAACUCAAAAUAAUCAAUCGGAAAGCAGCCAAAAUAAUUAUUACGAAAUUUGCCCUCUAUGUGAUGUUCAAUUACCAAAUGCUAAUUCAACAGUUCCACCUCCGCAUUAUCCUCUUCAGUAUCGUCUGGUAAUGAGUGCUAUCCGCUCUAAAUUUACAAACAAAAUACUUUGUGAUAUUUGCCCAGAUGAAGUUGUUGCAGUUGUUCAGUGUUCCACGUGUCUUCGCAAUUUUUGCUUAGACUGUGGUAUGAAACAUCAACAACAAAUCACAAUGGAAUUAAAACCAUUAAAACAUUCGAUAAGACCGCUAAUGGAAGCUACAAAAGUACGACGUACUGCACUUUGUCAGCAACAUCCUACACAUGCUUUGCGUUUUUAUUGUAUUGCUUGUCAACAGGUAACCUGUAGAGAAUGUAUGUGGAGUAGCCAACACAGAGGUCAUGCAAGUGAAAAUGCUGUUGGAGUUGCAAAACGAGUUAUUUUAUAUUUAACGAAAAUGUUGCAAAGAGCAAAAAUGGUUUUAAAUAUGCUCCUAACGCAGUACGAUCGAGAUGCAUUUUUAAAUAGCUCUUUUGAGGAAAUAAAGGAUACCUGCAUUUCAGUUGAUUAUAGGUAUGUUAAACUGACAAUUUUUUAAAUCAAUUAUUUGUCAGAUAAUAUUACAAUUAUAAGAAAUAUAUAUACACACAUAAAAAAAGAAUUAGGGAUAUGCUAAGACAGAAGGUAUAUUAUAAGAGAAACAUAUGUAAGUAAAUAUACACACAUAUACUACUUACAUACAUGCAUCUGAAUUGUCAUGUGAUGAUUAUUACUAUAGAUCUUAAGAUUCAAUUAAGAAUAUUUUGUGACUGUCAUUUGAGGUAAAAACUUAUGCAUUGCUAUAGGAUACAAAAAACUGUGAUAAAAAAUAAUUGUUACUAUACAAAUAAUUAAAAAAAAUAAAACAUUCCAUUAUAUAA